AUGCUUCGAGCUUGCAAAGAAGACGGAUUAUUUUCUAAAAAAGAAAUGGUGAGUCAGACAUGGUUGACAAUUGUACUGUGUUUUACAGUUGAAUGCAAUUUCGAUUUCUAUGUCAGUUCUCGAUCACAGUAUGACUGUUUAUAUUACUAUAUAACACGUACAGGAUUUAUUACAAAAACUGAAUAUUAUUUUCGAUCGACGACUGGUGUUGAUCUCAUGCCGAUAGCAGAUUUCAUCAAUACCCGCGAUCAAAAUUAUACAUUUCACCAACUAUUUCAAAUCAAUGUCACUGCCUAUGACAUUUUCCAUUGGUCGACCUCCAUCGAUCUCGCCGAACAGUAUCAAGACUAUCUCGAUCAUCACAACACAUCUCUUCAAGCUAAUCAACUAUUCUAUAACUGUACACCACCAUGGUUUGGAUCUCGAUGUCAGUAUUCUUUGGAAUCCGACGAAAUCGAGUCCACUGCUCUCGCUACUGGACACACGUGUUAUGUUCUAUUGGACUGUGAUCGAGGUGGAGCAGCUCUUUGUCUCGACUGGCGAGAAGUAUGCGACGGCCGAAUCGACUGUCUGAACAAUGGUGUUGACGAAGCUGCAUGUUUCGAUCUGGAAAUCAACGAGUGUGAGCCGAAUGAAUAUCGCUGCCACAACGGACAAUGUAUUCCACACUAUCAUCAGACACUUGAACAAAUCACGGCAGAAUGUCUAGAUCAAUCCGAUACAUGGACUGAUUCGCUUUGCCCGAGUUCUCAUUCACCAGCAGGUAUAUUCCAAUGUGAAGAAGUCGCAUGUCCACCUGGUCAGAAGAAAUUCUCAUGUGGCGAUGGACAAUGUGUCGAUGAUUUCGAUGAAUGUAUCAACGGACGACAUCUCUUGCUGUUCGAAUCAUUGACUGUACAAGGAUCCUUACCUGAUGAUUGUUGGUUGGCGAUGGUUUGUCUCACUCGACUAAUGCAUCCUAUCAAUCCAACAUUCUGUAACGGCACAACCAUUCAUCUUUCUCAUCUUCGUGCAUGUGAUCAUCUCAUUCAGUUCCCCAUCAGUCCUGUCUUGUUCGGUCAUGUUCACUUUCUCUACCAACCUAAACAAAUAUUUGAAAUGACCAAUGACUCCAUCCUAUUACCCGACUAUAUUUGCUAUGACGAACAGUUGUGCACUUAUCUUUCGCCAACAUUUCGCCACAGAUCUCAUACAUGUCGUCAUGCUCAUCACAUGGGACUAUCACAAAACACAAAGUAUCAUGGUUGGAAACACAUGAUCCGUGUCAUCAAACCAUACUUUGUUGGUUGUGCUACUCGGUACACAGAUGAAAAACAUUCAUCACUGUAUCAGUGCCGAAACUCUUCGAAAUACAUCUCGAAACAUCGAAUAGCUGAUAACAUCACUGACUGCUAUCUGAACGAUGAUGAGGAAGAUCACGAACUCAGUUGUUUCCUUGAUCAGCCACAUCGGUUCAAGUGUGCGAACGAAAGUCGAUGUCGAUCGCCCAUACUUCAACGAUUGGGUUGUCCUUUGGGUGAAAAUGAGACGAAAACGAUCGACAGUAUCUUGUUCAACCAGAUAUGUGAUGGCGCUGUCGAUGUUUCAGUUGAAGUGUUCGAUCGUCAUGGUCAUACGGAUGAGACUGAUUGUGAGCAUUGGCCAUGUAGCAAUGUGUAUAGCCGAUGCGAUGGUUUCUGGAAUUGUCGUAAUGGUGAAGAUGAAGAAGCGUGUCGAGCAUCGAACUGCUCUCGUGGUUUAUUUGAAUGUAUGUCACCACUCAACUAUACGAUGAUAUGUUUAGCAGCUGAUAAAGUUCGAGAUGGGACAGUUGAUUGUGUUGGAGGAUUAGAUGAACCACAAUUAUGUCAAAGUACGAAUGCACAAAGCGAAAGAUUGUACCGAUUUAGUUGUUUGGAUGGGCGAACGUGUAUUGAACCUUACGUAUUAUGUGACUCGGAUGGCGAAUUAGUUAAUGAGGAAGAGCUAUGCACGGAAUGGAUUGGUUAUAAUCUUACAAAGAUACGAAACUUUCUUUGUCAUUUUGGUAGAUUAAAACAUGUUCAAUUUACAUUAGAAGAAAGUCCAAUUUAUCCACUGGUGGAAGAUACAAUGUUCAACACGAUCGAUGUUGCAAAAGAAAAACUGCUUAAGACUUACAACUCACUGUCACGAUGCAUUCGUGGCUUGCUCAUUCGUCUCUGGUUAGGGGAUAAGAAUUUCACUACGAUCUGCAUGUGUCCUCCGAAUUACUAUGGGAACCUUUGUCAGUAUCAAAAUCAGCGCGUCAGUUUGACCUUAACAUUAUCAUCUGUUAGCACAUACGGUAUAUAUACUAUUUUUAUUAAACUGAUUGAUGACGAUCAUGAUCGGCAGCAAGUACACUCUUAUGAACAAAUCAUUUACGUUUCAAAAGCAACGUGCGGUCAACCGUUUGACAAAUAUCUCUUGUAUUCAACAACACCGAAAGAUCCUUCGAAAAACUAUAGUAUUCAUAUCGAUGCUUAUGAUAGCAUGUCACUAGAGUACAUUGCAAGCUGGUAUUUUAGAGUUUUAUUCAAUUUCCUACCGGUCAAUCGAAUGGCUGCUCUGCUCACGUUGGAUUCCAAUCGAACAUUCAACACCGGUUUCUGCUCUCCGGAAUGUGUACAUGGCAUCUGUAUGAAGUAUAUCAAUGUAGAAACGACAUUUUGUCAAUGCGAUAGCGGUUGGAGUGGAGCUCGAUGUCACAUACCUAUCAAAUGCACUGAUUGUUCGCCGGCUUCGCUAUGUGUUGGUCAAGUGCAUAAUCGAUCGAUCUGUAUUUGUCCUCUCGGAAAAUUCGGCAGUCGCUGUCUACUGAAACAUUCAUGUCCAGCAAAUUACUGCGAAAACAAUGGUCAAUGUGUCGUUACAGACGAACAAAUGAACGAUGGUAGUUAUGAAUGUCUGUGCGCUGAUGCAUUUCGAGGGAAAAGGUGUGAGCAUCGUAAAGCAAGAUUACAUAUAGUUUUCAAUAAUAGGGAUAUUUCAUCAUAUUUAAUAGCGUACAUCUACUCAUUUGUUAAUUCAGAACCACCAUUACCACAACAGACGUUGCUAAAAAAGUUGACAAAGAUGCAAAACAAUGUUACAUUGUAUUCGCAUCAUGUAUUUCAAAUAGUCUUUAUCUUAAGCAAUCAUAACUAUUACUUGGUCGUUUCACAGCAGUCAAGUAUGUUCAACAUUUCAGCUACAGUUGAUUCAACCCGUCGUUGCCCACCUGUUCAUCAACUACUCUCUUCCGAACAAACUAAAUUACCCAGAAUCCAACAAGUCAAACAUUAUCAUACACUAUGUCAACAACAUCCCAGUCUGAAUUGUUUCUUUGACGAAUUGUAUAUGUGUCUAUGCACAACGGAUCGUCAUGCCAAUUGUUUUCCAUUCGAUCAUAAGCCUAACUUUGAAUGUCAAGAAAAUGUUCAUUGUCUCAAUGGUGGACAAUGCUUACAAGACCACCCACAAUGCCCUGCAACGACUAUAUGUGAAUGCAAUGACUGUUACUUUGGAGAUCGAUGUCAGUUCUAUGCGAAAGGGAUCGGUCUGACGCUCGAUGAUCUUUUUCGCUACGAAAUUCGAUCAGAUAUGCAUAUGAGUAGUCAGUCACAAAUAGUUAAAUUCAGUAUAUUUUUAACGCUGGUUUUAUUUCUCACAGGUUCAGUUAAUAGUAUGCUUUCGCUGGCCACAUUUUUGCGCUGUGAUACCCGUACAGUGGGAUGUGGUAUCUAUCUUCUAACAUUGUCGAUCACUUCUCUACUUACGAUUGCAAUACUGAUGCUGAAAUUUUGGUUUGUCUUACUUACACAAAUGAACGUAGCAACAAACUAUACCGUCCUUCGUUACGGUUGCUUAUUAGUCGAACCUUUGCUUAAAAUUUUCUCUUGGAUGAACAAUUGGCUGAAUGCUGCUAUAUCGAUUGAACGUGCUGUGACUGUUUGGAAAGGAAUAUAUUUCAGUAAAUCUGCUAGCAUCUACGCUGCUCGAUGGGUAGUUAUUUUCUUACCUUUGGUAGUUAUGAGUUCGAAUAUGUAUGAAAGCGUUUCUCGCGACUUAUUUCAUGAUGUCGAAGAGGAUCGAUUUUGGUGUUUUACUCUUUAUUCAUCAUCGUUGUACAUAUAUACAACGAUAGUUCUAUUUAUUCAUUUGAUGGCACCAUUCUUUAUCAAUAUUGUGACGGCGCUCUACGUUAUUUACACGAUUGCACGUCAAAAAGCAACAGCUCGCACGCAUAAAACUCGUUAUCAACAUUUUAAAGAGCAACUUUGUCAGCAGAAACACUUGAUUAUCAGUCCGAUAAUGUUAAUUGUUUUAACAUUUCCUCUCGUCAUCAUUUCAUUAUUAUUUCGCUGUGUGAAAGCCUCUCAAAGUUCGUUGCUGUACAUUUUCAGCUACUACAUGUCGUUUAUCCCUUCGACAUUAAUCUUCGUCAUCUAUGUUCUGCCAUCUCCAUUAUACAAGAAAGAAUUUAUCAAUUCCAUGAAAUUAUGGCGGCAACUAUUCGGCUAUUGA